AAACUUUUCAACCAAAAUGUUAUUCAUCACAACAAUUUUGAACAUUUUUCGACAUAAAUAACAUGAGAGUGAUUUUACUGUGAUUUUGUAACAAUACUGUCGAAUAGAAGUAGUCAAAUCGCAUUGUACGCCGAAUUAUUUUUCCCGAAUAUCAAAUAACAGGAAACGUUUACAAAUACUUAUAUUAUUUACAUAAUUUGAACACUGCAUUAGGUAGCUCUUAAAAAUCACGAUGUGGGAAACAUCGCAGCUGGCCGAGAAAAAAUUCAAUGCCGAAACGAACAGGCUCAUAGGCGAAGCACAAUUGCACGAGUUCAGCUCGUUUUUGGAAGAUUAUGCAGAUCGAACUGCAACUCAAAGGAAAAAAUUCGUAAACUCUAACAAUGUCACGGCUCAAGUGAUUUCCAUAAGGGAACAAGCUCACGACAACCAAUCUAUAGGUCAUCUAGUUCACUCAGAUAAUAAAAUUUUAAGCCGAAUAUUGGCUACAUUAGGUGGUAUGUGCGAAGAAAUGAUGACAUUAAUUAAAGAAGCGGAAGACAUUUACCCGAGCUUCGUUAUGUACGAAGAUUCCCUCCACAAAAUCUCGAGACACAAAUCGAUCAGCAGGAUUUUGGAACCCCUGCAACGGGUUCACCUGUUCACCAAAAGAGUACAAACUGUGGUUGUUCUAUCGUUGAAGCAGAUAUGUUGUUUGUUAGGUAAAAAUAUUUAUUCGUCGGGUAGUUACUCGGCGUUUCCGGAAGUUUUACACAAAAUAGGCGACUUGUUGAUUUGUUUGUUGAAAUUGGACGGCUUACUGGACAAUCAAAUAAUAAAAGACCACUGGUUUUGGUAUAGGAAAUACAUUCGGAACCAAUCGCAUUCGAAUAAAUUAGGAGUCGACAGAAAUAAGAUCAGAUCGUUGGAUAAAAUGCUACAGAUUUUUGAGAACGAUCUACUAAUGGGCCACAUUCUAAAAGGGGUCAUCGAAAAGUGCUUCGAGGACAAAACCUUCUACUAUCAAUUGAAAAAUUGCACCUUAAACCAGGAGAUUAACUCGUUCAUUGCGUCCAUGCUCGCGGAAUUGGAAAAAGACGAUGAAUUCUCGCGCGAAAUUUGGCUGAAAAUGAACAUAUUCGUCGUACUAUACUUCAACAUUUUCGAAAGCACCGACAAGAAACUAAUAAAACGAAUUCUAGACGUCAACAAGAAGUACUCGACGUGCACGUUGAUCGGCAACAUCAUGUGGUACCCCGAGCAAUUCCUAUUGAAACACCUAAACGUCCUGCACAAAUACAUCGAUGAGCGAGCCAUCGAAAAUCACAGAUUGAAUUUAGUCAGCAUCAGAAAUUCGAAUUAUCCGAAAGAGUGCAGCGCGCUGUGCCUGCAAGUGUGCUACUUCCUCAUAGAACUGGAGAAAAUCUCGGCGUUAGAUCGGAACAACAUUAAAUUAAAAGAACUGCAAAACAUCGUAGCGACUUUCACCGACGGUCUGAAGCUUCUGAGGAAAAUCAGCUAUUCAGUGCAAUGGACGUUGAACGUUCAUGCCGAUAAGAAUUUGCCCCUUCAGAAAUCCGUUUUACUAUCGAUAUGCAAGCUGAUAGAGAUACUGAAGUCUGUUCCGUUGGUUUUUAGAAAGCAAAUCGUGUCUUUAACGUGCAUAUUCCUCCUCACCACGCAGCACCUUUCGCAUAAAGCCUUGGCGUUGUUGGGUAACAUAAGGAAGCAAUUCACUCAGGAAAAGUCUUACAACGAGCGGCAACUUGACGUGCUAUCGUCGUUGAAUCUCUGCGAGCAGACUUUAAAAUCCGCCCCCACUCCGAAGAGUAUUCUCAUAGCGAAUUUGGCUCUUUCCGCCAGUGGUCUCUAUUCGAAUGAUCUAUUGCACAUGAGGCACGUUUUAUCGCAAUUGGAAACCAUCAUGAGUUUCUCGGACAGCGUGAAAACCACCAGCGACUGUUCCUUCGUAUUUUGGCACCAAAACUACAUGCUACCCGUGUAUUUCUCCAAAAUCCUAUCUUCCAAAUCCGACAUAUCCCGGCACUAUUUGAUGGUGCACGCCCUGAACGACUCCUCCAACGAAUCCUCCGAUCGAACGAUCAAAGAACACUUCUACAACCCGCUGGAGCAGAUCAUAGAAAGGAACCUGCGCUUGCAAACGCACCUGCACCUGCAACUACCUCCGAUGGAUCCGUUCGAGAACUACUUCAGCAUAAACUUCAACAAGUACCGGCCGGUGGCGUUGCGCGAUCGCUACAAGAACGUCAAAAGCGACGCCGAACAUCACCUGAGCGCCGUCUUCUACAACCUCACGUCGGUGGUGUUGCACAAUUGGAAGACCUACGGCGAGAUGCGCCGCCUCGCCCAUUUGCAAUACGGUUUGGACACCGUCGACGACAAUCUGCCCAUACAGACGCUCGAACAGGGCCUCGACGUGCUCGAGAUCAUGCGCAACAUCGACGUGUUCGUCGCCAAGUACCACUACAACCUCAAUUCGCAGGCGUUCGUCGAACGGCGCAGCGACAACAAGCACCUCAACACCAUCAACAUAUCGCAAGUGGCGAAUUCCAUCCGCACGCACGGCAUCGGCAUCAUGAACACCACGGUGAACUUCACCUAUCAGUUCUUGCGCGCCAAGUUCUACGUGUUCUCGCAGUUCAUCUACGACGAGCAGAUCAAGUCGCGGCUGAUCCGAGAUCUGCGCUUCUUCGGCGAGCGCAAGUCGGAGCUGGGCCAGAUGUACCCGUACGAGCGGGCCGAGAAGUUCAACGCCGGCAUCAGGAAGUUGGGGCUGAACGAGCAGGGCGAGAGCUACUUGGAUCUGUUCAGGCGAGCGGUGACGCAGAUCGGCAACGCCGUGGGGUACGUGAGGUUGAUCAGAUCGGGCGGGAGGCGGUGUUUGGCCGACGGGACGUGCUUCAUCCCCGAUCUCAGGAACGCCGCUUUGGAGAGCGUCGUGGGCGAUGAGGAGCUUCCGGAAUUCGCCAAACAAGCCGCCGAUACGCUGUUGGAGACGUUGCGAUUGUACCUGGAGAACAUGGACGACGCCACGGAGUACUUCCAGUUGUUGGUGAAGGUGUUCGUGCCGGUGUUGCGCAGCAAGCAGAACAUACACUUGAAGAAUUUCUACGCUAUAGUACCGCCGUUGACGGUGAAUUUCGUGGAGUACUCGUUGGCUUGUAAGGAGCGGUUGAGCAAGCGCAACAGGGCCGAGUACACGUUCACCGACGACGGGUUCGCCUUGGGCUUGGCGUACGCCAUCGAGAUCUUGAACCAGCACGAUAAGUUGAACGGGUUGCACUGGUUCCAGUCGGUGCAGAGGAAGUUCGGCAGGGACAGGGCGAGGAUCAAGGAGCAGAUGGCAGUCGCCGAUAACUGCGAUAAUAAGCUGAGGCAGGCGCUGGUGUUGACCGAGAAGAAGGUGGCUUUGUACGAGAAGGAGUUUAGGCUGCUCUAUUACAGUUACAAUAGCGCGAGGUUGUUUUUCGAAAUUUAGAAUUCCGAUGACGACGCGUGGAUGAUGGAUAGUUUAAUAUAAGGUCGUUCCGAAAUGUUCAAGAUGGACUGAUGGAGUAUGUCCGAAAAAUAUUUGUACUACACAUAUUUUCUUAUAAAUUUAUCUUAGUAGGUAUUAAAAAAUGUGAUAAAAUAUUUACCUGUAUGUAUACUCUUUUGAAGCUUACAUAUUUCAUAAGUGCAAUAAAAUUAAUAAACAAAUUAACAAGGCUAUCAAUUUUAGUAGAAAAUUG